AUGAUCGCUAUUAGCUUCAUGUCCUGGGUCUCAACCCACUGGUACACAGCUGUUGCAUGCCUGCCCCUGAUCUGGCUGACUUACAGCAUUGCCUGCGUCUUCUGUUCACCCCUGCGCCAUUUCCCGGGUCCGUUUCUGUGGUCUGUCUCGCGUAUCCCGUCCAGCAUAUCCGUUCUCCGCGGCACAAACCACCUUGAUAUCUUGGCUCUGCAUGAGAAGUACGGCCCAGUCGUGCGUAUCGGUCCUAAUGAACUAGCCUUCAAUACUGCUCAAGCUUUCCGCGAUAUCUACGGUACCCAGUCAAAUGGCACUUGUUUUCCAAAAGAUCGGAGCCAUUAUGAGCCCCCUGCAAACGGCGUCGAUCAUUUGGUCUGUGCGGUGGACAAUGCCAGCCAUGCGAGACAAAGACGACUUAUUGCACAUGCUUUCUCGGAAAAGGCUCUUAGAGACCAGGAGAGUCUGGUUGCAGGCUAUGUCGACACUUUGAUCACCAAGUUACGAACUGGUAUCCGAAAUGGUACAUCUGUGGUCGAUAUCAAGGCAUGGAUGAACUUCACGACCUUUGACAUCACUGGGGACCUGAUGUUCGGUGAGUCUUUCGACUGCCUGAAAGAUAGCCGGCUGCAUCCUUGGAUUGGGAUGAUUUUCAAUUCAAUGAAAGCUAUCGCUUUCAUCGGUGUGGUUAACCAGUUUCCGGGCGUGAAGGGACUUUUGAACAAAUUGCUUCCACGGGAAGUCAAGCGUGUCGGUCAAGAGCAUUUCGAGCUUAGUGCACAAAAGGUCGACCGCCGCCUCAAUUCCAACAUCUCUCGCCCUGACUUUAUGUCUGCAAUGCUGCAGAAUGGUCUGAGUGAGGAGAAGGGCCAGUACACUGAUAGCGAGCGUAUCAUGACCAGGGCGGAAAUCCAUUCCAAUGGUUUCAUCCUCAUCGUUGCUGGUAGUGAGACUACCGCCACUCUGCUAUCUGGCUGCAUCUAUUAUCUGUGCACAACACCACACUCGAUGGCUAGACUUACCACUGAGAUCCGAUCAGCCUUUAUGCAAGAUGGUGAUAUGACAUUCCGCUCUCUGGGGAACUUGAAAUAUCUCACUGCCGUGAUCGACGAAGCUCUACGCAUGUAUCCACCAUUCGUGACAAGUCUGGCACGUCGUGUGCCUAGAGGCGGAGCAUUGGUAAACGGCCAGUUCGUGCCUGAAAAUACAACUGUUGCGUGUCAUCACUUUGCUUCAUAUCGCUCAGAGUCCAAUUUCCGUUGCCCUGGCCAAUUCAUUCCUGAACGCUGGCUGGGUGAUCCGACAUUCGAUCAAGAUCACAAAGACGUCUUGCAGCCUUUUAGUCUGGGACCGCGUGCUUGUCUUGGAAAGCACCUCGCAGACCGUGAGAUGCGGCUUAUUCUCUGUAAAUUGCUAUUCAACUUUGAUCUUCAUCUUCAGCCCGAGUGCGUGGGCUGGCCAGAUCAGAAGGUCUACUAUCUCUGGAGUAAGCCUCCGCUUUUGAUUUCUCUCGUGGAUCGGUUUCCAGAUUUGGAUCUUUCGAGGGUUCAUGACCUGUUAGGGUUGUAUUCACGCUAA